AUGCCACGUCGGCGUAAACGAUCCAAAGAAGGCCCUCUGUGGUCGAUGUACCCCGACCUACACGAUCAAGUAGCGGACAAACUCGAUGAAGUCCAGCUCGACUACACCUUCAACCCUAACGAUGACGACCUCCUAGCCCUCGAGUCGUACGACACAAACAUCAUGGGCACUUUUGCUUGCAACAACCAAAAAUGCACCAAAACAGGCUGGAAGAGCAUGGUCAUCGCCAUCACCAUCCGCCAGUACUCUAGAGACCGAUAUAAUGCCAGAGUGUACCAUCAGCGCUGCAACAAUUGCAAAAGCAUUGGCAAACCAACUCUGGACGAAGUGUCGUAUGUCGACAGGGUUUCGUAUCGGAUCAAGAAGUGGAACGGCGUGGAGAUGAAAAGACCAAUGUGGGGGGGAGGCAGCUCCAAGGGGCCGCACGAGGAUGAUUUGUGUGAGGGGUGCAAAGCUGGCCAUUGCGAAAAGGGAUCCAAAAAGCGAUCCAACGAUGAUGCAUGGGACUGA